AUGGCGGCCCAAGCUCGAAAAGGAGGCAUCUCCCUCCCGGAAAGGCGAAACCCUAAGAAGGAUGACGAAGGCGUGAUCGCGAAGUUCUCGCAGUCCCAAGUCGUCGUUCGGGGCAAGCAGGCCGCAAACGACGCCGCAUUCGUCACUAAGAAGCUCAUGAAGAGCACCGGCAAGGCCGCUUGGAUCGCCGGGACCACGUUCCUCAUACUGGUUGUGCCAUUGAUCAUCGCCAUGGACCGCGAGCAGCAGCUGAACGAGCUCGAACUCCAGCAGGCCAACAUCCUCGGCACCUCAGCCCCGCCUCCUAAGUGA